AUGUCAAGACGUUUUCGGCACCGGGGCCAGCAGCAUUCGGACGGAGAUGAUUCCGCACUGUUGAGACAUGCGCAGCUUAUCAACGAGCGUGCACACAUCCUUGGAUUACAGCUUCAGCAGGCGGCGCUCGCGACCCGCAUCGCCGCAGCCGUCCGCAGCUAUGGCCAGCCCACGCCGCAGCAGCAGCUCCACGAGCUUUUACGACGCGGCGUCAUCCACAGUGAUCUCGCUGCGGCGCGCACGGAGGUUGCCGCUCUCAAAGCCCUGCUGGAACGCGUACAGCCCGGCCGCCUAGCGAGCACCGCCGCCACCCCCGCUGCCGCAACACGUUCUGGUGCCGGCCGCCAAGCAGGCGGCACCUCCGCUGCUGCCCGGGCCUCCGGUAGUAAACAGUACGCUGCGCUUGCCGUAGACCAUGUACGGCACUGGCUGGAUCAGGCCCAAGAGGCAGUACUCCUACUAGAGGACUUGGCGGCGCCGGGUAGCAUCGAAGAGUGGCCGAUAGAAUCCCCCGAACCCCCCCAGCCACGACCUUCUGGCGGGCCAAACGUUGCGCACUUUAUCCAACGCAUACCGCCGGAGCUAACCGCCCUUAUGCAACUACCAACCACCUCGUACGACCAACACCCGCCACCGUCGCCAGGCCCGGCAACGGCGGCGGCGUCAGCCGCCGCCGCCGUAUUGUGGGACGCAGCACCCCUGCUUCGAGACCCGCAUGCCGCCGCCGCCGCUGCCGUCGCCAGCAGCUUCGGCGCUGGCGGCGGCGGCGGCGGCGGCGGCGGCGCACAUUCCUCGCCCCCGGGGUCCUACCGUGUUGCCUGUCAUGAGAGCGCGGAGCUGAUGUGGCCCUCCCUGGCGCAUGGAGAUCUGGUGCUGCUACUGCCGGGCCGCUACAACUGGCCGGAGGGAACGGUGCUACUGCGGGCGGCGCCUAGUGACGUCGUAAUCCACAAUAACGAGGAGGAUGACGUCUUUGUGGAGUGCGCCGCCGGGCCGCCGCCGCCGCCGCCGCCGCCGCUGGGUGGGGCGGGUGGCGGCAGCGCUGCCGCUGCCACCGCUACAGCUACAGCUACAGCUGCUACAGCCGCUGGAAGCAGCGCCCUCGAAUCUGCUGGUGGUGUUGUGUUUGAGAACCUGACUUUGCUGCAGCUGGGGGGUUACGAGGGAGCCUUGCGGGUGCUCCGCGGCCGUACGACGUUGGUGGACGUGGUCGUACAGUUUACCAUGGGGGGCCUGCAGGUAGACAACGGCGGCCACCUAAUUUGUCGUAAUGUACGAGUGGUGGGCGGUGCUACGGCUGGCGUGCAGGUGGCGGCCGGGGGUGUGGUGGAGCUGCUGGGUGGGUGUGAGGUGACGAGGUGUGGGGCGGGAGACGAUGUGGUGCCCAAGGACCUAGGUGGGGUGGAGGUGAUGGUGCCUCUGGCGGACUACCCCCGGCUAGCACCGCCCAGUCCUCGAGCACUUCUACAGGCCCAUGCCGAACUGCUGGCUGCGCCGCCGCCGGAAGGGGGAAGUACGACACCGCCGCCGCCGCCACCACCACCCGCUUCUCCCAGUGCUGCUGCCGCGUCGGCGGCUCAAUUGGAGUUACUGCAGCCGUACUUGGGUGCCGUACAGCCUCCAGCCACUGUCAUAAUUGGUCCUGGCUGUACCAUUCAGAAUACUCGGGGUUUCGCAGUCUCGCUGGUCAAACGAAAAGCACUGGCGGCAUACCAUGAACUGUUGUACAGCAGCGGCGGAGGCGGAAGCGCGCACGCGACGUACGGCACCAACAAUGGUGCCAGCGGCGGCGCCGCCACCGCCUCCGGCUGUGGCUGCAGUAGCUUAUCCGCCGCUCUUGAGGGUGCUCGCGUACUGGUGUCCCGUGGGUCGGUGCUGGGGCCCCACAACAGCCGGGGGGCGGUGGGGGUGGUGGAGCUGGAGUACCACCAACUGGAUGGAGACGCGGUCAACCGUCGUACGGCAUCACGACACUUCCAUGCCGUACAAGUGACCGCACGUCAAUUACAGGAGGGAUUUUGUUCUCCAGGGGUGGACUGGACGUCGUACAGAGUACGGCUGGAGGGUCAGCCAGCCCGGCCGGGGCGAAGCCCCGGAGUAAUCAAGGGCAGCCGCAGCUUGCGGCAAAUGCUGGUCGCGAGUGAUGGGAGGUGUUUGGGAUCGACAGGCUGCGGUGGCGUCGGCGUCAAUGGCGUCGGUGGCCCCGUCAAGCUGCGCCGCUGCGGCGGCUGCUUGAAGGUGUCGUACUGUACUCCUGGUCCCCGAGAAGUCCGCAUCAUCGAGCGCCCUUUCAAGGAUUUGGACUUUGUGUGCGACGGUUGGAGCAAGAGGGCCGGCAAGGAGCAGAAGAUCCUCAAGCGCGAGAAUCGGGAACUCAACCGGGUCUACCACGCCUUCCAGAAGGUGAACCGCGAACUUGUUGAGGAGCAGGGGGCGCGGCGGGGCGGCGCCCCACCCGAUCAGCUGGGAAAGACCACGAACGACGCCAUUGCUGAGGGUUAG